GGUCAAAUAAAUUUGAGUCAGAUAAAUUUUGAAUUAGAUAAGAAUUUAUAAAUAAAGCUUUAAAAGUUGAAUGCUUUGUUCCCGCAAUUCCAAAAGCCGAAGCCAAGCGACGAAAAUGGCGGGAAGAAAGCGCUCGACUUCCUCCCCAAUUUCCAUCGGGAACUGUAAGGUCGAGAUCGAAGGGGGAAGCGUCGUUUGUGAAUCAACUGGAAAAGGCAUCGUAUUGUCUGCAAAAAACGAUGCAAGGAUCAGAAUCUCAGAAUGUGAUUCAGAAAAGGAAACGUCCAGGAGAUAUUACAGUAGGAGGCAAUCAAAAGAUUGUUUGCAAGACAACGGUAUGAGGACGCGCACUUGGGCAGAUCACACCUUUAUGCUUCUGAACCCAAAAGAUGUUGACAGUCGUAGUAAAUCCCUACUCCAGGAAGCAUUAAAAAUUUAUAUGGAAGAGCUUCCUACCAUGAGUUAUGCUGCAAAUACAGGGAAAGCAUCUCAAUUUCUUGAAAGAUGUUUGUCCAGUGGGAAAUAUAGUACACUAAUGUUUUGUUCAAACUCGCUUGAGGUAUCCAUUAAGGUGAUCGCUGCAGUCACAUUUCAAAUAAUUCCAGUUGAUACACAGUUUGCGGAGAUUCCCCUUGCUGCAGUUGCGUCAAAAUUUCAAAGGAAGGGCAUCGGUUGCAUGAUGUAUGAAGAGUUGAAAGAAAGACUUAGAAGAGUUGGGGUUUCAACAUUAUUUUGUUGGGCUGAUAUGGAAUCUGAGCAAUUUUGGCAUAAACAGGGUUUCAUAACGGUAGGAGUGGUAGAUGGCAAAGGAAAAGCUCGCAAACUGCCAGUAAGAGCUGAUAUUAGGAGGGCAUUGUGCUUUCCUGGAGAUGCUACACUUAUGGUUGCACAUCUUAAGAAGGAUAUUGUUACUUUCAUGGAGUCCUCUCAACAUGUUGAAAAAAAUUUAUCUUCCAAAUCCAACAUGAUAAGAUGCAGAUUUAGUGAACCUUCUAGACUUGGCGCAAUUUCUAAUUCAAACACUUCAUCUGUCAAGGAAACUGAUCAGGAAGAUUUUUCUUUGAAAGAUAUGAUAAAUGCAAAAGAUGUUGCUGAUGAAAGAUUCUUCUCUUCUCGGCUAAGAGGAAAGAGGCUAGUAUGGGAAGCUUCUGUUUCCUCUUUGAAGUCUAAGAGAGUUAAAGGAAGUCAUGUGCCUGAUGAUUCUUCGUUUUCCGAUCAAAAUUGUGACUCUCUUAAUGAUGAAGGAAAUUAUGAUUGUUUCAGUGAGCAAUCUUUGGCAGCUUUGGGAUGUCCUCAGUUGUCCAAAGAAAUUCCUAAUUUGAUCACCCAUUCUAAUUUGACAACUCAUUCUCAAGGGGAAAGGUUAGCACAGGAAAGUACUGGGCGUGAUAUUAAAGGAAACUGCCCAAGAAUCAUGUUCAUGAAUAUUGCUGAUGAUGAUAAGAAAUCAAAGCUUACAAAGAUUGUAGAGGAGCUUGGCGGCUCUGUAACAUCAAGUGGAAACUCUAGCACGCAUGUAAUAACGGGGAAAGCAAGAAGGACAUUGAAUUUCUGUUUAUCGUUAUGCUCAGGGACUUGGAUAGUUUCUGCCAAUUGGUUGAAAUCUAGCUUCCGAGAAGGCAAGUUCUUAGAUGAAUCUCAGCAUAUAUUAGAAGAUGAGGACUAUCAUGUUAAGUAUAAAUGUAAGCUAAGUGAUGCGGUUAUUAGAGCAAGAGCAAAUCCUCAUUCAUUACUCAGAGGAUAUCAAGUCUGCCUUUCUAAGCAUAUCCAACCAUCCGUCAAUGACCUUUCAUCCAUCAUAUCAUCUGCUGGUGGCAGUGAUUUCUGUACCUUUUUGAUGCGGCCAGCCGUUGGAUUUCAACGAGCACGCAGCCCAAAGGAAGCAGUCCCUCCUGGCCUUACAUUGGAAGAUCACGACCAAGUGAGCGGCAGCGCGCCAGGUCUCUCUCUGAUUCACAACCCAGGACUCAAAGGCGGUUCUUAUCAUCGCUGCUCUAAUGGCGAAAGUGCUGGCGGAAUCGCUCUCGGCGGGAAAGCCGACGCCUUUCCGGCUGAGAAGGGUCCCUCCGGCGAGAGCCCAUUCCUCCUCCAGUUCCUUCCGGGCUGCUCAGUCCUUGGAGGGAAGGAACGCCAAAAUCUACAAAGAGUUAGGCUUAUUUUCAUUAAAGAAGAAGAUUGAAGAGACAGUCAAUCGCGCUGAGAUGAUAACUCCAGUGGCAAUGGAGUUUGAAGAAGAAAGGAGGAUAAAGCAGGAGGAGGUUCUACGGGAAUCCAAUCUGUGGAAU